UGUGUGUGCAGUGCUGUGGGACACACUCCCCAUCAGACUGGGUUUCCUGGUGUGGCUCUGGGAUGUGAGUCGAGCCCUGGGCAGGAGUGUCACCAGCAUGCUGGGGAGCCAGCUGCAAGUGGCAUGGUUUGUGUCUCCUUUUUGCUCUCCCCUCUGCCCCUGUGGCCCUGAGGAAAUCAGCAGCAGGCUAUCCUCCAUGCCAGACACCGAGAGGUUGGCACAGCCCGCUCCUGCCAUGCUUCACUGCAUGGUUCUCACCAUCGUGACUCCAGCUGCUCCUGGGUUAUUUUUUUUUUAUAAGGAACUAGGCCGUCUCCAAAAGCCAACCCCUGGUUUCCCCACACAGCAGCGUGGCCGUGGGACUUCCCGCCAGCUUACUCACUCAUUUCAGAAUGCAGACUCCUGGUUUCACCAAGUGCACGGUCCCUGUGAAUUUAGCAGACCUUGUCCAGCUGGUGCAUCACUGAAACUGGUGUUCUGGGUCACUUUCUGGUUUUUAUCUAGUAUUUUUCACGGAGGUGUUUUUUUGCCCUGUCUCACCUAGCCACCAUCUUAGCUUCUCUCCUGUCAGGUUUUGACUUGGACACGGUCCCCAGGUUUUACUUUACAAAUGGGCAAGCCUGGUCCUGGGGCUGGAAGGAACUGGGCCCCUAAGUCCUGUGUCAACUUCUGGGUGAUCCUAGAGAAGUAAAGCACUUAGUUAGAGGAUGAAUUUCGGGGUCUAACAUUAAAUGUGGAUUGAAAAUCAUCUCCCAUAAACCAUCUCAAAAGGGCUCAACAGGAGCAGCUCUUCUGGAGCUAAGCAUGUUCUAGGUUUCCCAGGAAAGAUUUGCUACCCAUGGUGGAUGGGUUUCUUGACAUAGUAUGGGUCUGUUUUAAUGUUUGGUGGCUCUUUCUACUAUCUUGGAGGCCUGAGGUCUCCAGGUACAGGGGAGGGGACAUUUUACAUCAAUGGCUGCAGCCACCCCUUGGGUGAUUUGGAUAAUGAAGUCUGACCUUUAUCACUUUGGAUGGAAACAGGCAGCCCAAAUCUGGGAUCAUUUCUUUCAGGAGGAGCUUAGAGACAGUGUGAGCAGUUUCUGUUUGAUUGAGGAAUGUUUCUAUCCACCCUGUGAAGUAUCUACAGGGACUAAGAGUCAGGGUUCUCAGACCCUGGGGAGUGGAUUGUACAAACUUCCUGAGGAAGGAGCACAGCUUCUAGCAGCAGGGUGGCAUGCAGGCAGCACACCCUGGGAAGUAGAGCUGCUUUUGUUCUGGAUCCUGGAGUCCUGUCUCAGCUCCCAGGAAGCUCCAGUUUUCCACAGUGCUCCCAGAUCCCAGCCCAGGAGGAGCUCCCAGCUUCUGCAUCCUGAGGGACUGCCCAGCACCACCGGCCUGGCGUACUUCUGCCAGAAGCUGAACCGGGUGAAGCCGCUGGAGGAGUCCACUGCGGAGACAUCAUCGCAUCACCACAUGUCCCUGCUGGACCUGACCCUGCUGAGCAUGGGUAGCAUCGGGGGCCUGAGUCUCUUCACGCUCACAGGUGCCAUAGCCAAGGAACUGGCCGGCCCGGCCAUCACUGUGUCCAUUACCUUGGGCACCAUGGCCUCCCUGCUGGCUUCCCUGAGCUAUGCAGAGUUUGGGGCCCGUGUACCCCACAAGGCCUCUGCCUACCUCUUGACCUACGUGUCCAUGGGUGAGCUGUGGGCUUUCCUAGUGGGCUGGGACAUGCUGCGAAUGUACCUCAUUGGUAGCGCCACUGCGGCCUGGGCCUGGAGCAGCUACCUGGACGCCAUGUUCAGCCACCACAUCAGCAACUUCUUCAAGACCUACCUGGGUGUCUGGCAGGUGCCCUUCCUGGCCCCCUACCCAGAGUUCCUGGCUGCCACCAUCCUCCUUCUGUCCUCUGUCUUUGUCUCCUGUGGAGUCCGUGUGUCCUCCUGGGUCCACUGCACCUUCAGGGCCAUCAGCCUGGGCAUCAUCCUCUUCACCACCGUCCUGGGUUUCAUCCUGGCCCGCCCGCAAAACUGGAGCUCCCAGGAGGGCGGCUUUGCACCCUUCGGCUUCUCAGGCAUCGUAGGGGGCACCACCACCUUCUUCUACGCCUUCAUCGAUUUCGAGAUCAUCGCCACCACCAGUGAGGAGGCUCGGAACCCACGGCAGGCUAUGCCCAAGGCCAUCGUCAUCCGACUGUUCCUGGCGGCCACUGCCUACAUCCUGGUCUCGAUGGCGUUGACCCUCAUGGUCCCCUGGCACAGCCUUGACCCAUACACAGCCCUGGCUGAUGCCUUCUUCCAGCGAGGCUACAGCUGGGCCGGCGUCAUCGUGGCGGCCGUCUCCAUCUGCGCCAUGACCAUCAUCCUGCUUUGCAACCUCUACAUCGUGCCGCUCUUCAUCAACGCCAUGGCAGUCGAUGGGCUCUUCUUCCAGCUGUUUGCCCCUGUCCGUCCUCACACGCAGAUCCCCAUGGUGGUCAUCUGGGUCUAUGGAAUCCUCACGGCCACCCUGGCAAUGCUGCUGGAUUCCGAGGCGCUGGUGCAGUUACUGUCCAUUGGAAUGCUGCUCCCCUACACCUUCAUGGCUGCCAGCGUGAUUGUGCUGCGCUUCCGGAAGUCCUCUCCACCCAGGUCCCCAGGCCUGGCCAGCUACAGCCCUGGGACUGAGGUUCCAGCACAUUCUGUGGCCCCUGAGCCCGGGCGGCUGCGGCCAGCCCUGAGGCCCUACCUGGGAUUCCUGGACAGGUGUGGACAUGGAACGGCUGUGGCCUGGGCGCUGGGCCUCCUGGUGGCCUCGGCCGUCACCCUGGGCUGUGUGCUGAACUUCGGGGACUCGGUCCUGCACCUGCCUCGCUGGGGCUACAUCCUGCUGCUUCUGUCCAGCGGGGUCGUCUUCCUGCUCAGUCUCGCCGUCCUGGGGGCCCACCAGCAGCAGCACCGGCAGGACAUUUUCCAGGUGCCCCUGGUGCCCCUGACACCAGCUCUGAGCAUCCUGCUCAACAUCUGCUUCAUGCUGCAGCUGAGCCUCCUGAGCUGGGUGUGCUUGUUAAUCUGGCUGAUCAUUGGACUCUGCGUGUAUUUUGGCUAUGGCAUCCGGCACAGCAAGCUGAACCUGCAGGAGGCCUUGUGUGGAGACAGCCAGGUGGAGAUGGGGCAGGCCGUGCAGCCACUCAGCCAGUCACCUGCCCAGGAGCCUGGCCAAAUGGAGCAGCCCACUGAGCUAUGAGUCUGGACAGGGUUGUCUGUCCGUCCCUGCAUUUUGAUCCUGGGCAAUCUCCAGCAGGCCUGCCUGGGUUGGGGAGCCUGAGGACAUUAGGACCUGAGCCCCAGUGCCAAGCUCCAGAUCUUCAGGGAUGAGCCGGGGACAACCUGGUGCAGAGGAUGCUCUGCCCUGCACCUGCCAACUGAUCGUCACUAGCUCCAGCUGUGGGUGGGGAGCAGGCAGGGAAGGGGCUUGUGGUCCCAGCAGAUCCACAAUAACACCUACUCAGCUGUGCCUGUUUCCUG